AGUAAGCGCUCAGCCUGCAUUAAAAAGUGAUAAUGUAUUGCAUGUACCAAAGUACCUAUCUUUUCGGGAUCAGUGGGGUUCAAAUGUUUUUCUACUGGCCCCCGUUCACCCGAUCGGAAUGCCACGGCUUGCCCAUUCUCUCUCUUCCCACGCCCAGCCUGCCAGCCUAUCAGAUCCCUAUCCACCAAGCUUUUUACUACCACCUGCGCCAUUUGCAAGUUCUUUGCAUCACUAAACACUAAUUCCCUUUUCCUUCCCCUUGAGCACUUCCGACGCAUCACCGCCCUUCCUUUUCUCAAAAAGUACGGCUAGCAAAUACCUCCCUUUUCCUUGAAAACACAAGAUGUUGUCGCGAAACUCUGCCAGAGCUGCCCAGCGCCUGGCGCGAACAGCAGCCCGUCAACAAUCUCACAUUCAAAAUGCUUCGCGAUCCUUUGCGACGGUCCAAUCCGACAUCUUCAAGCCUACAAAGUAUGGCGGCAAAUACACCGUCACCCUCAUCCCCGGUGACGGUAUCGGUGCCGAGGUAGCUGAGAGCGUCAAGACUGUCUUCAAGGCCGACAGCGUACCCAUUGACUGGGAGCAAGUCGACGUCUCGGGUGUGGAGAGCGCCUCGGCUGGUAGCCUCGAGGAGAUGUUCCGGGAAUCUGUCGCUUCCCUGAAGAGGAACAAGCUGGCGUUGAAGGGAAUCCUCCACACUCCUAUCAGCAGAUCGGGACACCAGAGCUUCAACGUCGCCCUGCGACAAGAGCUCGACAUCUACGCCUCCAUCUCGCUCAUCAAGAACAUCCCCGGCUACAACACCCGCCACCAGAACGUCGACCUGUGCAUCAUCCGAGAAAACACCGAGGGCGAGUACAGCGGCCUCGAGCACCAGAGCGUGCCGGGCGUCGUCGAGUCCCUCAAGAUCAUCACCCGGGCCAAGUCGGAGCGUAUCGCCAAGUUCGCCUUCUCCUUCGCCCUCGCGAACAACCGCAAGAAGGUCACCUGCAUCCACAAGGCCAACAUCAUGAAGCUGGCCGACGGUCUCUUCCGAAGCACCUUCCAGAAGACCGCCGCCGAAUACCCCACCCUCGAGACCAACGACAUGAUCGUCGACAACGCCAGCAUGCAGUGCGUCUCGCGACCCCAGCAGUUCGACGUCAUGGUCAUGCCCAACUUGUACGGUGGUAUCCUAUCCAACAUCGGCGCUGCCCUCGUCGGUGGUCCCGGUAUCGUCCCCGGCUGCAACAUGGGUCGCGACGUCGCCGUCUUCGAGCCCGGCUGCCGACACGUCGGUCUGGAUAUCAAGGGCAAGGACCAGGCCAACCCGACCGCUCUUCUCCUCUCCGCGACUAUGCUGCUCCGCCACCUCGGUCUCGACGACCACGCCAACCGCAUCUCCAAGGCCGUGUACGGCGUCAUUGCCGAAGGCAAGUACCGCACCCGCGACAUGGGUGGUGAAUCCACCACGCACGAAUUCACCCGUGCCAUCCUCGACAAGAUGGACACCUUGUAAACAAUAGACCCUCUACAACAACUUCUUUACGCACCUAGCUUCCCUAUCUUUGGAGGGGAAUAAAAGAAAAACUACGGCCUACUUCCUACGCGUUGCUCUGAUAGAUACCUAGAGGAAUUGGAGGAACGAAUAGCAUUGACUACCAUGGAGUCACGGAAGGCGACGUUGGAGAGUCCUAGAUAUAUGUACUGUACGUAGAUUAGGAAAUGCUUUGCAUCAAUUAAAUUCCCAAUUUUUUUUUUAUCAAUCCGUUCAUGAUCUUAAAUAGAUGUAGUUUAUUCAUAAGUUCAUGUAGGUAGAUCAAGCCUUAGUACAUAUGUAUCAAAUGGAUCCUGGAGUUAUCAA